GCAGAGGAGAGGAACCACUUUUUAUUUUCUUUUUCUUUGUAGGACAGAAAACUGUGACAGUAGAGCAAAAUGAAGCCCUUUUUCAGAUUCUUGAUUCUUCUAGGUCUGUAUUCACUCGUGGAAUCUUCAUGCAACAGUGGAGAGAAUGACUUGGUUUCAAAGGCUUUCAAGUCUGUCUCCGGCUUCAACCCUUCCUCCUGGUUCCAAAAACGAGGUUCCCACUGCUCACACUCUCAUCUCACCAGAAUAGUACUUCCCUCCCAAAACCUUAGCGGCACAAUUUCAUGGGGUUAUCUGAGAAACAUGUCCAAGUUGCAAGUUCUUGAUCUCUCUGGGAAUUCCCUACAAGGCCAUGUGCCAAGUUGGUUCUGGUCAAGUUCAACCUUAUUGGAAGUGAACCUCUCCAGGAACAGGUUCGGAGGAAGCAUCAUUAUUGGGUCGAAGCCCACAUCAGAAAACACCUCGUUUUCAUCCAUUCAAACGCUCAAUCUCUCACACAACAGGUUCACCAAUUCAGUUCAACUCGCUGGCUUCCAAAACCUUCAAAUCCUCGACCUUUCUCACAACCAGCUAAUAACACUCCCUUCCGGGUUCCCAAACCUCACCAAACUACAACACCUUGACCUCUCAAGCUGCAAUCUCCAAGGCAACACAAAACCCAUUUCCACUCUGCACUCCCUCCAUUACUUGGACUUAUCAAACAACACUUUAACCGGUUCUUUCCCUUCUGAUUUCCCUCCACUCAGCACCCUCAAAUUCCUCAACAUCUCGUACAACAAUUUCACCUCAUCCAUUAGCCUAAACAAGUUGAAGAAAUUCAACAAAUCAUCUUUCAUCCACGCUGGCAACAACUUCACAUACGACAACAGUAGUGAAACUCGAAACUCAGCAACCCCACCCCAGAGAGAAAAACACCCGAAGCCAAAGUCCAAAACGGUAAUUCCUGCAGCGUCCUCAGCACUUGUCCUAAUCGUGUUGUCCGUUUGGGCACUUCGCGUUAUUCACAAAAGGAGGAAGGAACGCGCCAAGAGGAACAAAUGGGCAAUCUCCAUGCCGAUCCCACAUGGCACGAACGUGAUGGUGGAGAAAUCAGGGCCGUUCGCGUUUGAAACCGAAUCAGGGUCAACGUGGGUCGCUGACCUCAAAGAACCGUCCUCGGCGCCAGUGGUGAUGUUCGAGAAGCCAUUGAUGAAUCUCAGCUUCAAGGACCUCAUCGUUGCCACGUCACACUUUGGGAAGGACUCGCUUCUCGCGGAGGGAAGGUGUGGGCCCGUGUACCGGGCCGUUCUACCUGGUGAUCUCCACGUGGCAAUUAAGGUGGUGGAACACGCUAGAGACGUUGAUCGUGAUGACUGUGUGGGCAUGUUCUUUGACCUCUCGAGGGUGAAGCACCCCAACUUGUUGCCCCUCUCCGGUUACUGCAUUGCGGGUAAGGAAAAGCUGGUGCUAUACGAGUUCAUGGCAAACGGCGAUUUAGGGAGGUGGCUACAUGAGCUUCCAACUGGGGACACCAACGUAGAGGAUUGGACUGGCGACACGUGGGAGAUUCAAAACGGCGUCGUUGACGGAUCCCCUGAAAAAAUGGGGUGGCUGACACGACAUCGUAUCGCCGUGGGGAUAGCGCGUGGCCUCGCGUACCUCCACCACGCGGGUUCCAAACCCGUGGUGCACGGCCACCUCGUCACGUCCAUCAUUUUACUCGCCGAUGAUUUCGAGCCCCGGAUCGCCGAUUUCGGGUUGCGAAACGACCCGAACCCGUGUGGCGGCACGGAGGCUGACGUGUACUGCUUCGGUGUGGUGGUGAUGGAGCUGCUGACGCGGAAGGAAGGCACGGCGGAGACGGUGGUUGCGGUGAGGAAGGCGGUGAGGGAGGGGCAGGGUGUUAGGGUGCUCGACGAGAGGCUGCGACUCGGCGGUGACUCAGUAGUGAGUGAGAUGGUAGAGACCCUCCGAGUCGCUAUUCUGUGCACGGCCGAUUCGCCCUCCAAGAGGCCCUCUAUGCAGCAGGUUUUGGGUUUGCUCAAGGACAUUCGUCCUCAUCAACAACUCGUCCCGAGUUGACUCGUCAAACACUCAAUGUUAUUUUAUAGUUCUUAUUGUCAUUGUCAUCAUGCUGUGUAUAGACUAAUUUUUUUCACAGAAAAAGAAAAAGUAGAAAAGGACAAAAAGAUGGCCAUAAUGAAUGUGAAUGGGAAUGGGAAUGGGAAUGGGAAUGGGAGUAGUUCUAGUUUAGCUUUUUUUCUUAAAUUAUUUUGGGAGUAGCAUAUGGCAGAGAAUCCCACUGAGGAGUGAGGAGUUCCCAUUUUUAUAUGCUCCCUUCACUUUAAAAAAAUAUAUUUUUCUACUCUAUUUUUUAUUAUUUUGUUGUAUCUCCUCUUUCAGUUUGUUUCUUUUCUUUAUGUUUUAUUCCCUUGCUGAUUUAUCUAUCUUUAGCUAAGUGUCCCAUUCAGUGCAUGGAAUAUAAAAUAAAGAAACAAUGGUUGGUAGAGGUAUAAUAUAUAAUGCAUGUCAAUUCGCAGGUUACGGGUUUUCUUUGUCUUGAAGGGAUCGUGGACGUAAACAUUCGGUCCUCUGUAGAAAUUUGUGAGCUGCGUUCAUUCUUGAUUUGUCAAUAUGGUAGGCUGAUUUGUCUAAUAGAUGGUGGAAGAAUGUGGUGCUGGUCAUUGGUCAAGGAGUGGCUUACAAAUAGGUGUUUAGUAUGAAUACAUGUUAUUAAUUUUGAAUUUUUGAAUCAUUUCCAUGGAAAAGUAUAAGAGGAGAAUCUUCCCAACGUAUAUUAUGAGCAUUGAAUAAGAACAUUUUGUUCCCCCAUGAACGUAGAAAAUCUAUAAAAAUUUGAGGUGGGGUUUAAUUUGUAAUCAAGUCAUCAAGUGCCACUGUCUCAUAUUUGUGUAGUCAAUUGUUGAACCAACGCCCAGCUUGGUUGGGUUAUAAUAAUAGGUCAAACUAUUUUUUGACAUUUGC